GUCCAUUUUCUCACUGCUUUAAUGGCUUGGAAAAACGCACGCUGACACAUCCUUUCAACCAUUCACGAGCCAGCUACUCAUGCAGGACUGGACUGCUCCACGGUGUCGAUCUCUUUAACAUGACGGGUCGGGUUUACCUCAAUGAUGUACCCCGCAAUGCCGUCAUUGACGUUAAAUUUGGCGUGGCGCCUAGAAACGACAACAUAUCUGUUACUGUGAGAACCUCUGUUGUUUUGUACCGAAUUUGUUACAGUAAUACCAUAUGGUGCGUUUAACAAACUUAUUGCUAUAAUAACAUAUGUUGUUUUAACAACAUCAUUUCUGCUCUCUUACCCUCAGUUGUGUUGUAACAACAUUAUAACUGUAAUACUCAAUGUUAAGUUGUAAGAAAAUUAUUGAUGUAAUACCAUAAUAUUUUGUGUUGUAACACUAUUAUUACUGCAAGACUCUCUGCAGUUGUGAACAACAUAAGUACUGUAAAAACAUGUGUAGGUUUUUUUUAAUAUUAUUACUGUAAGAACCUCUUACUAUAGCUGCAAAACAAAUAACCGUACAAUUAAUUUCACUUUUUGUGAACUAGUUGUAGGAUGAAAUAUUAAACGCUGAACCUUAAGUUGUGUAUAAAAUUGAUAUCUUGGAGGUAAUGCUUAUUCGGAGAAGUUCUACUGAUGGGAAGAUGAUCGUAAGUAUAAGAUCAGUAGCUCAAAUAGUUUAGACCCAUGUUCAACGACAAAAGUCUGAAGAGGAAUCUACCAAUUAAUUAUUUUUUAAAGAGUGUCCCUCCUCCCUACCCUUGACUACAGUUGUCCUCAAAGGAAAGGAGCGAAAAGUGAAUGGCUAGAAAAAGCGCCUUGAAAUAACUCUACUGUAUGUUCAACGUCUGCUGGUAACACUCAGCAUACAAUAAAUCACGUAUUGUCAGAAGUACAUUUGAUAUCUUAUGGAUAAUCCAAGGACGCUCGCUAUCUGAAUUAUUUAUGAACACAAAUGACAUUUGGGCCCUAUUAGAUUAAACCGUAACACCUGUUUUAUUUCUCAUUCAAAUCGUCACAUCUAGAUUUUAGGGACAGAAGUCAUCUUCCGUUAUAGGGAUUGCUUGCCCUUUGACCCUAGCGUCAUCAACUCAUGUGGCUGUCUUGGCGUAGACCUCCAUGGAUUUCGUGUAGUGUGUACAUUUUUGGCGUCACUGGAACAUAGUCAGAAGUUCGGCUACUUUCAAAUGUUCAUAGAUGGGAAAUAUUACAGAGGUGAUUUUGUGAGGAUGCCCCUUGUAUUGG